CGGAUCUUAUAACCAAUCUGAUAACCACACUCGCUUGAACGGAUCGGUAAAUACCAAUCCAAAAUGAUGGUCAAAGAUUAUUAUGCAUAGUAGUUCUGAUAGAUUAUGUGCUGUAAUUAAAGCAAGGUGACGCCUUGUUACUGUCGACUGAAAUGUGAAGUAUAAAGCUUAAAUGAAUAUUUUUUUAUACAGAACUUCCCUUUUCUUAACAUCUAAAAUAUUGAAAUCAAAAAGUAUAUCUGUUGCUGGCUCAUGCGCUCUCCAUAUUCAUCAAGGAAAAUACUUUUCAACAGAGAUGCGUGACAGUUCCAGCAUGUUGGAGAACAAGGAUAUUUUUAAUGGGAAAACUGAUCGCUAUAAAGGAGUUACUGUUCACUCAGAUCAAGAAAAAUGUAAUGACAUUGAUGAAUUCAAGUCAAGGUUACAAGGUACACAAAAAGUUUACUGAUAAACUAGUUGCAGAUAUGGGUUUUAUUAUUUUCUACAAAAGAAAUUAGUACAUGUUUAUACAAUAUAUGAGUAAGCAUUAUCAUUUAGUGUAUAUGACAAGGUUUAUGCUUAUGACUAUCAUUAUGAC